AUGAAAGAUAAGGAACAUAAGAAAGCUCGAACCAAAAACGUAGUGCGCGGUGUGGAUCCAAAUAUUGGACUGCAUGCCCGUAAUAAAGAGAUUGUAACUGAAGAACGCGAAGAACGCGAAGAAAAUGAAGUUAAUGAUGUCCCUGAUGUAGGCGAUACUGAUAGAAAAACUCUCAGGCAACUUGAAAUGUCGCCGAUUAGGGAUAGGCGAGAAAUUCAACUAGAAGCACCCGAAGAUAGAGUACCAGAAGUAGGACAACAUAGCGGUGCGCAAGAAGAAGGAGAAGCCGAAAAUAAAAAUCCUCCUCGAAAGAAAGCGCAACACCUUGUCCCACAAAGACUGAAGGGAAAGUUUGCGGCGACAUUAGUAUGCUGGAUUCUUGGAAUCGGAUGCCUUUUCUCUUGGAACAGUAUGGUGUCCAUAUUAGACUACUACGCCAUCUUGUUCCCGAAAUACCAUCCGGCGAGGGUUCUUCCAAUCGUCUACCAACCCUUAGCAGUUGGAGUAUUGCUAAUUUUAUCCUACAACGAAGCAAAGAUUAACACCAGAAGAAGAAACUUGUUUGGUUAUUUCCUUUUCUUCAUAAGCUCUUUAAUAAUACUUGUUUUGGACUCGGCUACAUCUGGCAAAGGGGGGAUUGGAACAUACAUCUGUAUAUGUAUGGUUAGUGCUGCAUUCGGAGUUGGUGAUGCUUGUGUUCAAGGUGGAAUGAUAGGAGAUCUAUCCUUAAUGUGCCCCGAGUUCAUUCAAUCUUUCUUGGCUGGUAUGGCUGUCUCUGGUGUUCUAACUACCGGCUUAAGGUUAACUACAAAAGCCGCCUUUGAAAACUCAAGGAAUGGCCUUCGCAAUGGUGCUAGGAUGUACUUCGCGAUCUCCAUGUUAUUUGAGCUACUAUGUCUAGUACUUUACGCAUAUGUCUUCCCUAAAUUGCCUAUCGUAAAGUACUACCGUUCGAAAGCAGCCUCAGAAGGAUCUAAAACGGUUUGCGCUGACCUUGCUGCUGGCGGAAUACAAGUAAGUGCUUCAGAAGAGAGUCCAGAGUACAUGGCGCGGCUAGACAACAAACAGUUGCUUGCUCAGAACAUGGACUACGCAAUUACAAUAUUUCUCACAUUUGUAUUGACAUUUUCACUUUAUCCUGGCUUCUUAACCGAAGACACUAAAACACAUAGUCUGGGAUCUUGGUAUGCGCUAGUGAUAAUUGCAAUGUAUAAUGUGUGGAAUCUGGUUGGAAGAUAUAUUCCGCUUAUCGGUUCCUUGAAGUUGGAAUCACGGCGAUGGCUGCUCACAGUGUCUUUUUCUCGUUUCUUACUGAUUCCGUGUUUCUACUUCGCGGCCAAGUACGGAGGUCAGGGCUGGAUGAUCAUGCUGACUUCAUUUUUAGGUUUAAGUCAAGGAUAUUUCCCUGUUUGUGUUCUAACUGGAGCGCCAAAAAACUAUAAGGGACCCGAGAAAAACGCACUGGGGAACCUGCUGGUAUUGUUUCUGGGAGGAGGUAUACUUGCAGGGGUAACACUUAGUUGGUUAUGGCUUAUUGGCAAAGGUUGGUGA